GCAGUUUUGGACACACUCAUCUGUAGAAACUGUGUGGAUCCCCCUCUCGACUGUGAUUGGAGUCGUGGAGAAUUCCCAGCCCGUCCACAAUGGCAGGAAGGACAGAUGGCACAGAGUCCCACGUGUCAGGGGCUGAAUACAGCCCUGUCAGUAAAUCAGAAAGGACAGAUCCAAGUACCACGCAGCAUGGAAGUGAAAAUGCUUUGCAACUGAAGAAAGAAAUAUCUUUGCUAAAUGGGAUAAGCCUUAUUGUAGGCAACAUGAUUGGUUCAGGUAUCUUUGUCUCUCCCAAAGGAGUUCUCCUCUACAGCAGAUCUUAUGGAUUGUCUCUGGUAGUUUGGGCAAUGGGAGGGAUAUUUUCAGUCUUCGGAGCUCUCUGCUAUGCUGAACUUGGAACCACCAUUACGAAGUCAGGAGCCAGCUAUGCAUAUAUCUUGGAGUCUUUUGGGAGCUUCAUUGCUUUUAUUCGUUUGUGGACCUCCCUGCUCAUUGUUGAGCCAACCAGCCAAGCAAUUAUAGCCAUCACCUUUGCUAACUACAUAGUCCAGCCCUUCUUCCCUUCCUGUGACCCUCCGUAUCUGGCCUGUCGUCUCAUAGCAGCUGCCUGUGAAUGUCUUUUAACAUUUAUAAACUGUGCCUAUGUUAAAUGGGGAACACGUGUGCAGGAUAUAUUUACUUACGCCAAAGUUAUCGCUCUGAUUGCCAUCAUCAUAGCUGGAGUUGUUAAAAUAUGCCAGGGGCAUACAUCACACUUUGAGAACUCUUUUGAGGGAUCCUCUUUUAAUAUUGGAGACAUCUCCCUUGCACUAUAUUCUGCCUUGUUCUCUUACUCUGGUUGGGAUACGCUCAAUUUUGUAACAGAAGAAAUCAAAAACCCAGAAAGGAACUUACCUCUGGCUAUUGCAGUGUCUAUGCCAAUUGUGACUAUUAUCUAUAUUAUGACCAAUGUAGCUUACUAUACAGUGCUGGAUGCUCAAGCUGUUCUUUCUAGUGAUGCUGUGGCAGUGACAUUUGCUGACCAGGCAUUUGGUAGCUUCAGCUGGACAAUCCCCAUUGCUGUAGCCUUUUCUUGUUUUGGUGGACUUAAUGCUUCAAUUCUAGCAUCAUCAAGGCUGUUUUUUGUAGGAUCUCGAGAAGGUCACCUUCCUGAUCUGCUGUCUAUGAUCCACAUAGGGAGGUUCACACCUGUGCCAGCACUGCUCUUCAAUUGUAUUAUGACCCUUUUUUACCUGGCUGUGGAAGAUGUCUUCAAGCUUAUUAAUUACUUCAGUUUCAGUUACUGGUUUUUUGUUGGUCUGUCUAUUGCUGGACAAUUAUAUCUGCGCUGGAAAGAACCAGAUCGACCCAGGCCUCUUAAGCUGAGCCUGGCUUUCCCAAUACUAUUCUGUAUAUGCACAAUAUUUCUGGUAGUAAUACCACUCUAUAGCGACUUUAUAAAUUCAGUGAUUGGAAUUGGCAUUGCUUUAUCUGGAAUUCCAUUCUUUCUCUUGGGAGUCUAUUUACCUGCAUCGAGGAGACCUCAAUUUAUUAACAAGAUUUUAGGUGCAGUCACACGAAAGGUGCAGCUGCUCUGCUACUGUGUUUUAACAGAGAUGGACACAAAUGAGGAAAAGAAGUUAGAAAGGAAAUCCAACUAAAAUUUAAAGCCAUUACGAGAAGCAGGAGGGAGGAUACAGCGGUUAAAACAACUAUAAAGGGAAGAGGUAGAACUGGAAAAAAUGGGAAAACUGUUUCCAGUGGUCUUUUAGAAAUCCUGAAAACGUCCUUACGGUUGGGUUCCCACAGAGCUCACGCCCUCACGUCAUCCUCCUGAACUGGGCCGUGUUGGCAGGGCGUGUUUUCCUGGGAUGAGGAGUAUCUGCCCAUGUCAGGCACAGCAGCUGUGUCAGUGGUUCCCUCAGAACUGUGUUAGCAUGGGAAGAGCUCCCAGAUCAAAUCCAAUUGCUGCACAGCCAGGCAGUGAAGUAAAUGCAUUUUUAAGUUAGACUGAAAACCACUUUGACUCAAAAGACCAAGUCAUUUCCAGCUUAAUUCUGAUGGAUUUUUGCAUGAAAUGUUUUGCUGUGCUAUCUCAGUUCUUACCCCAGAAGACAACUGGUUACAACUACCUACCUAAUUCGUCAUUGAGAAGAAAAAUGAAUAAAGUUGUGCUCCAUUAUUUAAAGACUGAACCAACUUUUCUCCCUUAGAGAUAAGUAUUUUAUGCCAUAUACUACGUGGAAUGUGGCAUCUGACCGUGGCAAAGAUUUAAUCAACAAGGCACCUUGGCACUAAAAGUUUGAUUAACAUUUGAUGAUUCUUUCUUGUAAACUUGUUUUUGGUGAACUUCUGCUAGGUUUUAUGAAAUUUUCACAAUAAAAAAUAUGUUCAGUUUGAAGCAGGUAAGCAUUUGUUUCUGAGCUGUUGCAGUGAACACACAGUAGCCUUAUGACCUCAGCAGUCAGAAAAUUCCCUUUAUUACUAUCAGUACUGCUCAUCAGAAAAAGACUACCUCACAGAAGAAACCACUUUCUUU